UCUCUGUAUAUCUUAUAUAUAUGUUUAUUAUUGUUGACAAUGUCGAAAGAAAAUAAAGCCGCUUUAAAGGAAGCACGUGAAUUAUUUAAAGAAAAUAAAUUUUCUGAAACUAUCAAAUUAUGUAAGAAAAUAUUAAAAGAAGAAAAAACAAAUUAUGGAGCAUUGGUAUUACUUGCUGCUGCAAUGCGAGAUACUGAAAAUCUUAAAUCACAAACUCCUGUACCACUUAAAAAAGCAGUUGAAAUACAUCCUGAUAAUCCUAUAGCUUGGCAAGGACUUGUUGUAUUUUAUGAAAAAGAAGAAGACAUACCUCAAACAUGGUUGGAAUUAAUACCAGUUUAUUGUAAACUUUUGAAAUUAGAAAGCAAUCCAAUAAAGAUUACUCAUUACUUAAGUAGUCUGGAGAGAAUUUUAUUACAAUUAAAAGAUGAUAAAAUUCUUGGCAAAGUAAUUAAGGAAUUAUGUGAAUCACGCGAUUUACUUCAGGAUCAGAAUUUGAUAAAACAAAUUAAUUUGACUCUUGUAUCAAUUCUUACACAAUAUUCUAAAUUACCUUAUGAAUAUGAGUCGAUUCUUGAAAGUAUUUUACAUUCAAUAAUUAAAGAUGGAGAUAUUUCAAUUAAACACGAAUAUUAUAAAAAAUAUUUGCGAGUUCUUUAUAAGCUUGAUAAACUAUCAUUGUUAUUAAUUGAAGCAGCAAAAAUGCACGAAUUUUUUACUGAGGACAUUUAUCCUUUAGAAUGGAUUUGUCGAGUUUAUUCAGAGCAAAGUAUUUCAAAUGAUCAUUGCGAUGGAAUUGAGAUAACACCAUUUUAUGAAGCAUUACUUGCACUUCAUGCAGAAUCUGAUCUUGCAUUUUUAGCAAAAGCCGUUUAUCUUUUUAAUAAUGGUAGUCUUUUAGAAUCAAGAAAUAUUCUCAACUAUGUAGUUGCUUCAAAAUCAAAAUGGAUUCAUUCAUGGGUUCUGUUAAGUGAGAUAAAUAAAAAACUUUGUUGUUGGGAGGAGGCUGAAAAUGCCGCUGUUCAUGCACAGAAAAUUUUACAUGACAACAAUCAUAUUAAUCUUCAAAAUAGAAUUAAUUUCAUUUUAUUAGAAGCAUUAAUUAACAGUACCAGUAAACACAAAUGGGAAGAAGCAUUACAAAGAUAUAAUCAAUUGGUACCGGAAAAUUCUUCAAAACGUGAAUUACUUAUUGCUCGAGCUUAUGUGAAUUUACAUGAUUCUAAAGCGGAAAUAAUAUUUGAUGAAUUGGAAAAAUAUUCAGAAUUAAAAAUUGAAGUUGCUGUAUUAAGGGCAAUUUAUUUGAAAAAUUGUCACAAUUUAGAAGAGGCUGCCGAUGUUGUUGGUUCUGUUUUAAAAUCACCUGAAGCAUGGUUAACAUUGGGUAAAAUACAUUGGGAAAUGUCAGAUUUUAGUCAUAGUUUAAUGGCAUUUUUAAAGGGAAUUCAUGCCGAUCCUUAUAAUUGGGAAUGUUUUGUUUAUUUGGGUCAUUAUUAUAUUGAACAUGGAAAUGAUAUUGAACGAGCUAAAAAAUGUUAUCAAAAGGCAUUAUUAAUUAAUCCCGAUUCAGAUCAAGCUGGUAUUGGUUUGAGUACUGCGUAUCGUCUUUUAAAAAGUAGUGACGCUAAUGUGCAACUAUUGCAAAAAUUAACAUCACAAGGUAAUGGACCAAAAUGGGCAUGGCUUCAAUUGGGUUUACAAUUAUUGGAACGUAAUGAUGUUUCACAAGCAAUUCAAGCUUUACGAAGUGCCAUUAAAAUUGAUCCAAGUGAUAAUCACUCAUGGGAAUGUUUAGCAGACGCUUAUUUGGCACGAGGAGCUUAUACUUGUGCAUUGAGAUCUUAUCAACGUGCUUUUCAAUUAAAUUCCGAAACGUUUUAUCCACUUAUUCAACUUGCGAACAUUAAAUUGAUGAUAGGCCAGUAUACAGAAGCGAAAGAAAAUUUCACUAAAGUUUUAGUUGAUAAUAAAAAUAAUUUACCAGCAUUGAAAGGAUUAGCUGAAACAUAUUUAUGUCUCGCUAAAGAAAAUGUGAAAAAUCAACAAUUUGUCCGUGCAAGAGAUAAUAUUCAAGAGGUCGUGAAUUAUUUAAUAGAAGCAGCAAUUGUGGGAAGUGAUUUUUCUUGUAUAUGGAAAUUAUUAGCUGAUGCAUGUUAUAUUGUUGCAGUUAUGCCGGAUAAAUAUAGUUAUUUAAAUGUUCCAUCAGAAAUUAUGAAAUUAACAAAUUCCAAGGAGAAUGUAAUUUUAAUUAAAAAAGAGGAAAUAUUUUUAUUAGCAAUCAGAUGUUAUUGUCGAGCAUUACAUUUGUCAAAAGAUUCAUCUCUACUUUGGCAUGAUUUAGCUCGUUGUUAUCAUGCACAACUUUCUUUAAAUAAUUUAACAGAUUCAAAAAAAAUUGCCAUGAAAAGUUUUGAGGCAGCAAAACAAGCAAUUCGACUUUCUCCAUCGUCGUGGAUUCAUUGGAAUCUUCUUGGUGUGAUUUGUAUGGUUGAGGAAAUUAAAAAUUAUGCAUUGGCUCAACAUUGUUUUGUCAUUGCAAUCGAUAAGGAAUCAAAUAAUGCAAUUUCAUGGACAAAUUUGGGAUCAUUAUAUUUACAUUUAGGAGAUUUUUAUAAAGCAAAUGAGGCAUUUUCAUGGGCUCAAAGAGCGGAUCCAUCUUAUGCAAAUAGUUGGAUUGGUCAAGGAAUAAUUGCAGAAAAAUUAGCGAGAAAAGAAGCAAUGGAUUUAUUUAGACACGCUACACAACUUGGUUAUCAUAGUCAAGCAGCAAUUGGAUAUUGUCAUUGGGUAUUGACAACACUUUUAGAUCCGGAGGCAAAAAAAGAUGAUUUAUACAUUUAUAGUAUUCAAAAUAUGCACGCUGUUUCUGUAGCAUUGGAUGAAAUUUGUCGUUAUAUUAAUCAUUUUCCAAAUGAUGCUUAUGCACGUAAUGCCAAUGGACUUCUUUUAGAACGACAAAAACUUUAUCGUUCUUCAACUGAUGAAUUUUUAGCAUCUUUAGAAUAUGUUUCAAAUGAUUCGGAAAAAGAUGCCGUACUAGUGAAUUUAUCACGAAUAAUGAUAGUACUUGGAAAAUAUAUUGAUGCUAUUGAAAUUAAUCAAAAAAUUAAGACAGCAACUUUCAAGUCACAUUGUCAGUUGGCUUUAGCAUUAUUUAAAGCGGAACGUUACGAAGAAUCUUAUUCAUCUUAUGAAGUUGUUCUCCAGUGGUUUGCAAACACUGGAUCUGAUAAAGCACAUAUUUUAUGUGCGAUGGCAGCAAUGGCCAGUAUGUUCCAAGGAAUUGACGAUGUUAAAACUCUACUCUUUCAGUGUAUUGAAAUUCAACCGCCAAUUGUCUCUGGACUACUUGCCGCUGCUGCAUUAGGAUUGCUUCAUAAUGAUUUAAAUUUAACAGCUUUAGUUUUAAAUGAACUUAAAAUUUACGAAGAUCAUGAAGAUUAUAGACAUCAUAUUGCAUUGCUUUCUGCAUAUUUUUGCCUCAUUCAAAACGAUAUUGAUGAUGCAAUUCGCGUUGUUUCGAAAUUUGUUCAUAAACAUCCAGGUGAUGAGAGACUCUGGACAACAUUAGCUCGAUUUUUACUUGAAGUUGAUGCAAAAGCAUUUAGAAAUUGUGCUCAAAAAGCAUUAGUUUUAGGCAGACGGAUCAAUUCGCAACAUAUUGCUCAAAUUGCCUGUCUUAAAGCUCUAAGUGAUGUAAUAAACUAUUCUCAUGAAAAAGAUGGAAUAAAAUCUGCUCUGCAAGCUAUUCAUUCAUUUCCAGCAAACGUUGAAAGCUGGUCUAUUCUAAUUGCUGCUCUAUUGCCACGAUGUGCAAGUAAAAAUUCAAAACCAAGUGCUCAUUGGUUAACAGUAUUUUCUUCAGUUAUUAGAAAAAGUGUACCACAUGGAAAACAUUCGGCAAAAUGGCUUUUGCAAAAUGAAGAAAAAGCAAGUUUAGUCGCAGAUAAAGUUGCAAAAACUUAUAUUUAGUGAUUGAAAAACGAAAGUUGUUAUAAUCUAAAGAAAUAAAAAGAAGAUUAAAAAAAGCAGAAAAAUUGUUGAAUUUUUAAGACGAACUUACGGGAUCUUUAAAGAACGUUAAUGGUUUGGCGUCAAAUUUUUCAUUUUGUAAACAUUUUGAUAAAAAUUGAGAGAUAUCUGAAAAUCUUUUAAGAGCUAUGAGAGCUUCCAAUUUAGUACAUCUGAGAUCAAUAUGCCGAUAUCGUGGAAAGUU